AUGAACCACAGUUGGGCGCUUUUCGCGGCAAUUGCUUGCGCUAUUGUCGCGCCGGCUCUUUCCGAAGCACCACUUGGCGGAUACUUGCCUCCGUCAACGAGCUAUGGAACUCCAAAUUUGGGCGGAAGUAGCUUUGGAGGAUCAACAUCUGGAGGAACCUUUGGAGGGCAACCAGCCAGCCAGUACGGACCUCCAUCUUCUGGAGGAACCUUUGGAGGGCAGACACCUUCAAGCCAGUACGGAACUCCAAACGCUGGUGGGAACUUUGGUCAGUCACCAUCGACCCAGUACGGAACUCCAUCUGCUGGUGGUAACUCCUUCGGUGGUUCAACUGCGAUAGCAUCUGCUGGAGCCAACAGUUUUAGUCAAGGUGGAAGCGGUGGAUACUCAUCAGGUGGUUCUUCAAGACCAUCAACCCAGUACGGAGCUCCAACAUCUGGUGGAAGCAAUGGGUUCCAGGGUGGUAGCGGUGGAAGCGGUGGAUACCCAUCAGGUGGUUCCCAAAAACCAUCAACCCAGUACGGACCACCAUCAAGUGGAGGAAACGGUGGGUUCCAGGGUGGAAGCGGUGGAUACCCGUCGGGUGGUCCUUCAAGGCCAUCAACUCAGUAUGGAACUCCAAGUGGAAACAGUGGGUUCCAGGGUGGAAGUGGUGGAUACCCAUCAGGUGGUUCUUCAAGACCUUCUCAACAAUACGGACCUCCAUCAUCUGGUGGAAGCGGUGGGUUCCAGAGUGGUAGCGGUGGAUACCCAUCGGGUGGUUCUUCAAGACCUUCUCAACAAUACGGACCUCCGUCAGGUGGAAACGGUGGGUUCCAGGGUGGUAAUGGUGGAUACCAAGGUGGUUCCCAAAGACCUUCGACUCAAUACGGAGCACCAGGAGGUGGAAACGGAGGAUUUGGUGGCGCCCAGAGGCCCUCAACUCAGUACGGAGCUCCAACAGGUGGAAACGGUGGGUUCCAGGGUGGAAACGGUGGGUACCAGGGUGGAUCUCAAGGACCUUCUCAACAGUACGGAGCACCAGGAGGUGGAAACAGUGGAUUCGGUGGAGCUCAACGGCCUUCAACUCAAUACGGACCUCCAUCAGGUGGAAACGGAGGAUUUGGUGGCGCCCAGAGGCCCUCAACUCAGUACGGAGCUCCAGGAGGUGGAAACGGUGGGUUCCAGGGUGGAAACGGUGGACACCAAGGUGGUUCUCAGGGACCUUCUCAACAGUACGGAGCACCAGGAGGUGGAAACAGUGGAUUCGGUGGAGCUCAACGGCCUUCAACUCAAUACGGACCUCCAUCAGGUGGAAACGGAGGAUUUGGUGGCGCCCAGAGGCCCUCAACUCAGUACGGAGCUCCAGGAGGUGGAAACGGUGGGUUCCAGGGUGGAAACGGUGGACACCAAGGUGGUUCUCAGGGACCUUCUCAACAGUACGGAGCACCAGGAGGUGGAAACAGUGGAUUCGGUGGAGCUCAACGGCCCUCAACUCAGUACGGAACUCCAUCAGGUGGAAACGGAGGAUUUGGUGGCGCCCAGAGGCCCUCAACUCAGUACGGAGCUCCAACAGGUGGAAGCGGUGGAUUCGGUGUCAGUAACGUUGUUUCAUUCGCAUCAGAAUUUAUAAUGCAAUUCGUUGAUCGAACAAUCUGCUAUUAA